UUAGAAUUUCGUUAGUUGGAGAAUGACUACUGGCUUGUGAAUGGCUGUGCGGCUCCUUUCCUCCGCCAACUACAUCAUUCAUUUUUACCUGUCACCACCCACGUUGAACCAUCUUGUCAUAUUUUUCUCUUUUCUACCUCGCAGCCGCCCUUCGUCGACCCUUGCUUAAAAAACAUUCACAGACACACGAAGAGAGAUAGAGAGAAAAAUAAAAAUAUAAAACGGAAAACAAUGUCACCCCAAUCUAAAAACUUAGAUACCGUCCGUCCGGUCGAUAUCCCCCGAGAUAUCGAAGAAAUGAUUGUGGCCGCGAGCCAGCUGUGCGAUAUGAAACACAAUACAUUCUUGCAUCGGGACGAAAUCAUGAAACUUCAGAAAGAUGGCCACUUGCAAGAAUAUGUCCGAGACGAUUACCAAGUAACCCCUGAAUUAGAAUGUAAAUUUGCCGGCCUCAGACAGACUCUGAAGAGAAGACCUGCUUUACCAGUCAUGAAACCGAGUAAAAGAGUAAAAGUGAAUUCUAGAAAUCUCACCGAAAACAAUGCUUUAAUGCAGGGUGGAACCGUUUUGAUAGGUGAUCCAUCCCGACAACGGAAGCGGCGGAAACUGUCGCCAGUUUCCCGUGGACUUUCUACAGAAAAUGUACCCCCAAUGUCAAAUCAACAACAACAGUAUCUUCCAAUGAUCUUUACCCCUCCUUCGGACUUUAUUCCCGCUCCCACCAGUGUUGUUGAUUCAGAAACAGUUCAUCCCCUCAAGGGCCGAAAGGCAGCUGGCCCCAAACGGGUACAUGUAUGCCAUGUGCCUAAUUGUGGAAAAAAAUACACAAAGAACAGUCACCUCAAAACUCACCUACGAACACAUACUGGUGAGCGUCCGUACGUGUGUAAAUGGAAAGAUUGCCCAAAGAGUUUCUCACGAUCAGACGAACUAACACGACAUUACAGAACACAUACUGGGGAAAAGAAAUUCACCUGCUCCGUAUGUCCAAAACGCUUCAUGAGGAGCGACCACCUCAGCAAACAUGUGAGCCGGCAUUUAAAGAAUUCCUCUGGUUCGGUGCGUAACCGCAGAUCUAUCAGUCCAGCAAACAGCACAUCAGACAGUUCCACACCAACAAAUUAACACCACCGCCACCCCCCCACAAAAAUCCUAACAAAAAACUCCAACAAAUGUUGCUAAGAAUCUCUUGGCAUAAACCAUUCUUUUCCUUCCCCCUGUGUUCCCCUUCUGUAUAUGAAUACAAAUAUACUUGCCCAGUGUCAAGGCGGUGUGUCAUGUCAGCAAUGAUGAUUGUGAUGGUUUCAAGUUCAAUAUACAGUCUCUGCAAAAUGAAAGAAAAAUAACCCCCCAAAACAAAUGAAAAAGACUAAAAAGAAAAUAACUUUUUUUUUUCCUACCAAUAUUUCCACGCUGUCAAUAUAUUUCACCAAACAAGCAUAUUGCAGCUAAAUAUUCUUUUGUCUUCCAUUCUUGAAUUGCAGAGAGAACUUACCAUUAUUAUUAUGUCUGGCUUUCAUUGGACUACUUGUGAAGUGUGAAGUGGUGUGAGAGAAAAGGUUAACAUUUUAGACUUAAAUCCACACAGCUUCACACAAAUGUACACUCACUUGAAAAUCAGUGCCUCCUACUCAGACCAGUAUCUUUUACUUAAAGACACUCCAAGAACCACACUCUUGGCUUUCCUUUUUUUUUUUAUAUAUCAAAAUAAAACAAACUCUUAAAUAUUUGUUAUAUGUUCUUCACAAACAUUGUGUUUUAUAAUAGUGAUUAUGUGUGUGUGUGUGUGUGUGUCUUUUAAAUGGGUUUUGCAAGUUCCCCCUCUGGGGUCAGUGAGUAGAGGUGGAAAUCUUGAAUGGUGUAGAAUAAGUCUGCAAGUCUGAGAAUGAUACUCUGAGUAGCUGAGCCGUAGGAGUUUGUUUGUUGGUGCAGCUACUCCAUGUACAAUAUUUGUAUUUCUUGGCACUGAAAAAUGGUUAAAAAAGAAAAACACAAACUCCGAGCGAUUUUGUUCCGCUUUUUUUUUUUUUAAAUCUGUAAGGAGUUCUUCGGAGUUCUUCAUCUUUGAAAACAUUCCACUGAUUCCAAAGAAAAAAUUUUUUUUUUGUUUUUGAAUUAUUCCUACUGUAAGAUUUUUUUUUUUUUUUUUGGAAUUGGGCCUUCAAAAAGGGAAGCCCUACCAUUCCAUUAUUAUACAAACUUUCUGGUCUGAUCUGAAUUUUUUUCUUUUUAACUCCAUUGAUAUCCUCUGCUGUUCAAGUGGUACUGACCUACACCAUUUUAAUAUUUCCAAACCCUACCGAAACCCUAUUCUCUGAGGAUUCUCCGAAUCUCUGUCUGCUGAGGGAGUGGGGGAAGGUUUUUAACUAUUAACUGUGAUAUCAGACUUGUAUUCAUAUGCAUUGACAUGUUUCAUAUGGUUUCUCAAAAAUGUGGGCGGGGGGAGGGGGCUAAAACAUUCACCCACCUAAUUCUCACCUUUCUCAUUCUACAUUUUCACACACUUUAAUGUAAUAAAUAAAUUUUUAGCUGUCCUAAUGUUUAUCCAAUAAAAUCAUAAUAUAUAUAUAUGUAUGUAUAUAUGCAUUACAGAUAAAGGGUGAAAAAUAAUUAAUUUAAUAAAAUCAACAAAUUUCACCUAAUAGUUUAUCGGUAUGGAAAAGGACCAUAUUCGGUAAUCAACAUGGUUGCUGAAAUCUCUUGGCCUUCCUUGGUGUUAAACCAACAAACCAGAUCGUAUCAUACAUUUUCAUUAUUUAGUGUGGCUGAAUGAUUAAGAAGUCCUGCUUUGCAACCUCCUGGCCUUGGGUUCAAUCUUGAACUGUGGUAUCCUGGGGGCACAUGAUCACUAUAAAUAAAUCAUUUGUGCAGGCUGUUCAAGGAAUCAGAGCCUUCAUUUGUCCUGUACUACAGGAAAGCCCACAUUAUAUAAAUAUUAGGUCAUCAAGUAUGAAAUUUGUAGAAAAGAAAAAAAGAUUGCAAAUAUUUUAUAAAUAUAAGGAAUAGCUUUAAUCCUCAAAGUAUGCAACCAUAUUGUCAAAACACUUUUGCCAUUACAGCGGUAGCUUGUCCAGCCCGGAACUGUAGAACUUGGCAAUCUAGAAUCAAAUUCUUAAAAGGCCUGUUUUACAGCAUUGUUAGAAUUAGUUUUUUCCUAUCAAAAAGUUAUCCAAAUUCCAGAAGAAGUGAUAGUCAGUGGGGGCAAGAUCAGGCGAGUAUGGUGGAUGAUGGAGAACUUCCAACUCCAAAUUCCCGUAGUUUCGCCAAUGUCAUUUUUGCGAUGUAAGUUUCUGCAUCAUUUGGUCCAAUUGGCUGUAAUAUGCUUCGGUCAUGAUUGAUGAGCCAGAUUUAAUGAAAUCAAUAGAUCACAUCUGCGCCAGGCCACGAAAUACACACCAUCAGCUUCUUUUGAUGAAUUUUGCUUUUUGGACUGUGUUUUGGCAGCUCGUCUUUGUCCAACCAUUGUGCUGAAUGGUUACUGUUGCUGUAUUGGAUCCAGUUGUCAUCACGUUACAAUUCUGUUGAAAACCGAUUCCUUUUUGUGACCAAGUAGCAUAAUGCAGGCUUCCAAAUGUUGUUGUUUCUGAUUUUCAUUGAGUUCAUGUAGAACCCACUUAUCCAACUUUUCCACUUCACUGAUUUGAACUUGGUGAGCCAAUAUUGUUUGCUAACACCAAACAACAAUUCAUGAGCACUUUGAGAUGGAUCUGACUCGACACUGGGCUUUCAGUUCAUCGUUAUUCACCUUUGUUUUUUGUUGGCCGCAUUGCUCAUCUGUGAGGUCAAAGCUACCAGAACGAAAUUUUGCAAACCAAACAAAAUAUGGUCAAAAUAUAAGCAAUAGUGCAAAAUAAGCAGUUGUCAAGGUUUACCAUAUACCUUACUACAAAUUUCAUAUUUGAUGACCUAAUAUACAUUUGUAGCGAUGAAGUAUAUAAAACUACCCCCCUCUCUCUCCCUAGUCACUUAUUGUUAAAAUUUCCAUCAGCGACUUUUGUGAGUUUUUAUCUUUCUAGUCUUAAUUUUGAACCUAAACAUUGGCUAAUAAUGGUUUUGGUUCAUUUUUGUGUAGAUUCAAGAUUGUUUUGAGCAAAAUUCCUCUCUUUCUCAUACCGUGAUGCUAACUAAACUGCCACUCACCAAGCUAAUUAUCACAGAUUAAAUUAUUUAUCUAUUAAUAAAUGCUAAUUAAACAACAUUGAGCUGCACUUCACGUACCGAGACCUAAUGGCCUCUAAAGGGUUUUCACUUCUGUUCUCAAAAUGAGUCUCCUUUUGAGAACUCUUGGGCAUGUCCAUGCAUAUUUGUCCAUUGUCUAAAGCAAAUGUUGCAGGGUUUUUUGUUUUUUCGUUUGUGUCCCGAUAUUUUUAAUGUCAUAAAAGAUUUUUUUGGUAGCCCUUUUUUUUUUCUCCAUUUGUCAAGUAAUUUCUCAGUUUAGGUACCAAGUAGGAACUUGAAGUUCCUCGUACCAAGAAUAAGUCUCUACACCCUGUUUCCCCACCUCAAAGAUUUUCUUCAUUAUCGGAGGAAAAUAAUUGCUAACUCGGUGUAGACUUCUUAGCAAUUACUUUUUCAGAAUGGUUACAAUGGCCACCUCUCUUUGUUGGUAGAGGACAAUUAUUAGAUUUAUAUAAAACAUAUAAUGGAAUUCAAAAUUUUUAUAUUUCAUCCUUUCACCUGUGUUAAUUUCAUGUAGAUGAUUUGCAAAUAUAACAAAAAAAAAAACAAACUAUAAAAUACCUUUAGUAUUAAAUGAUUUUUUUUCUUCUAAAAACACAUUGGUGCUAUAUAUCAGUUUUUAAAAAAUAUUACUUGAAUGUUUUUCUAAAAUCACUGAAAUUUAAAAAAAAAAAAAAAGACUUUCUAUAGAACUCCUGUUUGUUUAAAAAACAACAACAACCUGUGCCUAUAUUCUAACAUUCUAAUAUUUUCAUGAUGUUUCUCUUCCAGCAGUGUUUCUUUUGUGAUUCCCUUCUCCACAGUUAUUAAAAAUACACAACGCUCCACAUAAAUACGGCUUUUCACGUCUUCCCCACCAACUAAAAGAGAAGAACCUGCAAGGAGAGCAAUUUGUUGCUGUGUUCAUAGUUUCCGUUUCUCUUGGUUCCUUUUGAUAAAAAUUACUACUUUCCAGAAGGGUUGUGAUCUUCCUUAAGAAGACCUGUGUCCCAGUGGUCAAACUCACAAUCGUAAGGUCGUCGGUUCGACUCCCAGACUGAGCAGCAUGUUUGUUGUCCUUGAGCAAUGCUUUUCACUUCCCGUUGCUCCCAUUUGCUCAGCAGAAAACGAGUCCCAGCCGACUGCCGGUGCAGCUUCUCUCUCUCCACAACCCCAUUCGGGACAUCCUCUGUGUCUUCCUGGGUGUUGUUGGGUUGGACCGAGAGGCUGGCAUUGCACAAGCCACGGGACACCACGUCAUACUUGCCUGCAAGUGACGGCUAGCUUUAUGAAUGAGAAACACACUGGCCGUACACACACACACGCACACACACAAUGUCUGCUUUAAAAUAGUUCAACUGAUUUUCCUAUAUAUAUAUUUUUCUGGUAUUUAAUUCACUGACUCUAAUUUAAUAUUUUUUAAUAAUAAUAAUAAUAAUAAUGUUAAAUAUUUGAAUAAACCACAAUGUAAAUUGGAACUGUCUUCAGAAUCCCUCCAAGAGACACUUUAUUGUCCCCUUUUGUCUACUGCCUUCAACCUGUCCCCUUUUAUGGUAUUAUCUCUCAUAAAACAAGAUGAACAUAUCCAGAUCAGUCAGCAGCCAAAACCAAAUUAAAGAAUUGUCUUUCUCUAGUCGUCAUUUUGAUUCCACCCUCUACUUUUCCAAUCGUUAUUUUGGCUGCACUGAUUCUAUCUCUUUCUAUAUCUAUCUAUCUGUCGGUCUAUCUAUUUGUCUAUCUAUCUAUGUCUGUCUAUCGCUCUAUCUCCCUUCUCCCACUCAAAUUAAACCCUAGCCAUAUCAAAAAACGUAUUUAUUCCCCACCCCCCAUUCUUUCCCUCUUCCCACCUUUCACAUAAUGAAAUUGCUUCCAUUUGAUUUUACUUCUGGAUAUUUGCCAAUCCUUGUUGCACAGUUCCAGUUUACUCAACAUGGAGUGAGUGGUGUGUGUGUGUUACUUUGACCAACUGCACAGCAGUGAUGGUGUAUUUUUUUUCCCCUGUAAUUUACCUUAAUAUAAAGUUGACUAGAUGUAUAUGAUAUAUAUAUAGUAGUUACAUCUACAGCAUGAUUAUUAAUGUGUUGAAAACCUAUUGUUAAAUUCAUUUUUUAUUAAUAAAAUUUCAUUUUUUCAUUAAA